AUGGAUUGUGUACCAUUAAAUCUGGGAAUUCUUGAUGGAUUAUGCUCAUCUUUUAGAAUUUCUAAUUUAAUAUUAGAAGAGGAAGAAGAUUUUGAUGUCGAUAGAAUAAUUUAUAAGAUUUAUAAUUUCAUCAUCCCAAGUAGUGUUAAUGACUAUUUCAGGGUGCAAGCUGAAAAAGAUCCAGAUGAAGAAAAUUCAGUAAAGGCAAAAGCUGAAUCCCAUGAGUUGUUGUUAUGCAUCACCCAAAAUGGAUUAAAAGAUUGGUUACCUUUAGACAUUAUGACAAUAAAUGAAUUAGGAUCAUAUUUCAAAAUAACUCAAAAUAAAUUAUUAGCUAAAAGCCAUAUUGACGAACCAGAUGAAGUAAUUGACGCAAAUAGCUUGUAUUAUAAAUUAAAGGCAAUAUCAUUGUUGAUUGUAAAUGAAAACUUGUCAACAAGUGAUUUGCAAACCGAAUUUCAACAAGUGCUUGGAGGUCUAAAUAUAGAAAUAGGCUUGGCUGACAUUAUAAAUGAAAUCCAUGGACAAACCAAUUUAGUCAAUAAACGUGUUUCUUCGGUAAUCUAUUUGAUUAAAAGUACUAAUUCAAUCAGUAAUGUUGGAGGAUUGAUGAGAGUUAAAGAAAAAAUGAUAAGAAUUGUUAUUGAACAAUUAAAACAUUUGAUGGGUGGUAAAGUUGCUAAUUUCGUAGAAAGUUUUACUUUUCUUACAGCUAUUACAUUAUACAAUUUUUAUCAUACAUUUAAAAGCAUUUAUGAUAUCUGGGAUCAAUUUAAAAAAUGUGAUGAAUUGAGUAAAUAUCUAUCAGAAAAAAAAGGCUAUUUAAAAAUCCAUUUAAAUCAGGUAGAUUAUUGUAUUAAAAAAAUGUUAAAAUCAUUAAAUGAUGAUGAUGCUAAAUACGAAGAUUAUUUGAAAAAUUUCAAAGAUCUUAAUGAAAAAGUAGAAGAUUUUGUCAUAGAAGUUAAAGUGACAGCUAUUCAUUGUAGAAAAGUAAUUGAUGAAUUAUGCGAGAAAAAGAAAAAAUAUGAUGCCGUAAUUGGUGUAGGAUCAUCAGUUCUUGGUGUUGGAUUGGGAUUAUUUGGAUUUCAUUUCCUUAGAGAAUGUAUUAAUAAAAAUCAAAUUAUAACAAGUUUAGCAGUGAUGGGGUUAAGUGGAGUAAGUUUAGCUGUGUUGGCCGCUUUAAGUAGCAGUCUAGGCAAUAAAAUCAAAAACUUCGAUAAAAAACUUGAUCUAUUUAAAUCUUUGCAUGAAAAAUUGGAAAAGGAAAGAAAUCGUCAUGUUGAAGAAGAAAACAAAUUUGCUGAAAAUAAACAAAAUUUGAUUGCUGAAUAUGAAUUGCUUGUAUACGAAUUUGGAGCAUUUGAAUCGGAGCUUUGA